AUGUUUCCGCCGUUCGACUUCUUCGAGCAUCGCGCGGCAUGCAAGCGAAAGCAGGAUGAACGUGCAAGCCGAAUCGCGACACUUCCGCAGCCAUACCUGUACCCACUUUCGCCGGCCGAGAAGGGCAUCCUGAACGAGCCCAUCGAUCAACUGGUUCAAGAUGUGCAGAACAGCAAGACCAGUGCCAAAGCUGUGCUACGAGCAUACGGCAAGGUCGCCGUCAAGGCACAGGAGAAGACAAACUGUGUGACGGAAGUCAUGAUCAAGGAAGCCGAGCAAUGGAUCGAGAAUGGCGACAUCAACUUGAAAGGACCACUCGCUGGGUUGCCUGUCAGUCUGAAAGACAGCAUACAGGUGGGAGGCUUCGACACGAGCGUUGGGUACUCGUGCAAUACUGGCAAGCCUACUCCAGUGGAUGGCGCCAUUGUGCGCAUGCUCAAAGAUGCGGGAGCCGUACCUUUCGUCAAGACUGCGUUGCCCAUCACGCUUCUCAGCUUCGAGAGCUUCAACGACGUCUGGGGCCGCUGCCUGAAUCCUCACAAUCCCAAGUACUCGCCUGGUGGAAGCACUGGAGGCGAAGGUGCAAUUCUUGCGUUCGGUGGCAGCAGAAUAGGCAUUGGGUCUGAUGUCGCAGGAUCUGUCAGAGCACCAGCACAUUUCUCAGGCUGCUAUUCCCUCCGCUGCAGUACUGGACGCUGGCCCAAGCUAGGCGUCAGCACCUCGAUGUACGGGCAGGAGGGCAUUCCUUCGGUCUUCUCGCCCAUGGCACGAACUCUGCUCGAUCUGACUUACUUUACACGCUCCUUCAUCCAAAUGCAACCAUGGAAGUACGAUCCCUCUGUCCAUCCCAUGCCGUGGAACCAAGACCACGAGAACGCAUACCUCGACAAGAAACACCUCAAGAUCGGCGUAAUGCGAACCGACCAAGUCGUCGAUCCAGCCCCAGCCUGCGUCCGAGCCCUCGACAUCGCCAUCUCCGCCCUCCGCUCCCAAGGCCACGAGGUCUUCGACGUUGUCCCUCCUAGCCCCUACGAAGCCAUGGUCAUCGCCUCGAAUCUCCUCAACGCCGACGGCACCCGCAUGUUCCGCUCCUUCUUCCGCACCGGCGAGUCCGACGACCCAGGCGCACGGGAGUUCGGCAAAUACAUGCGUCUGCCACGCUUCAUCAAGUGGUUCUACUGGGCAUAUGUCAAGUACAUCAAAAGAGACGACAUCUGGGCAGGCUUGCUGGAACAUUGGCAUGAGAAGAGCGCGUUCGAGAAUUGGCAGUGGGUUUACAAGAGGGAGACUUAUCGGGCGAAAUUCUUUGAAUGGUGGAACUCGUUCGGCGAGAAGGGAGAUGGAAUGGAUGUUAUGCUCACACCUCCCAAUGCGACACCGGCAGUGCCUCAUAACGGUAUGAAGGAUGCGAGUGCGAGUUGCGGGUAUACAUUCCUGUUCAAUUUGCUGGAUUAUACCGCUGGGAUUGUGCCAGUGACGAAGGUGGAUCCGAGUAAGGAUAUGCUGCCGCAGAGUAUCAGGGUGAACAACAUGAAUGGUGUGGCGAGAGGAGCGUAUAAGCAUUAUGAUGCCAGUAAGAUGGCGGGCUUGCCUGUUGCGGUGCAGGUUGUGGGGAGGAGAUUGGAGGAAGAGAAGGUACUGGCGGUCAUGAAGAGGCUUGAGAAUGCGCUUGAAGAGAGGGGCGAGAGGUAUGAGCUUUUGGCUGUGCCGGAGGCAUGA